GAAACUCAACGUCCCACCCAUUCUCGUUGCUUUUAUUCCCGCACACAGAUGAGCCUCCUCAUGCAAUCUUCUUUCUCCAAAAAGAUAGCAACAGAGAUAGAACAACGAACAGGCCCAGGAGCAGGGGAAAAAACAAAAGACAAGACCCAGACUCAUUCUCACAUGAAGGAAGAUCAAGAACCCAGUGAAAUGAUCAGUGCCCCACAAGAUUCAGCUCAAUCCGAUGCCGAUGCAUCAAAUGGUGAACGAAGAAAAGAAACACAAAACCCUUCUUCUGAGAUUGAUAAUGGUGGUUGGCGUAAUUCAGACGAAAAGCUGGGGCGGAUAAGUCCGCCAUUACCCACCCGAGCAGAACAUGAGACCAAUAACAACAGUGAAGGAGAUCACCAUACACAGGAAGAGGAACAGCAACAAGAAGAAGAAGAAGAAGAAGAGAAAGGUAGAGAGAGGCUGAAGCGACACCGGCUCGAGGUGGCGGGGCAGGUUUGGAUACCGGAGAUUUGGGGUCAAGAGGAGCUGUUGAAGGACUGGGUGGAUUGCUCUGUCUUUGAGGCUUCCCUAGUGCCUGCUAAGAUAUUUUCAGCUAAAGCAGCUUUGGCUGAGGAGGGAAGGAAGGCUAAUUCUGGUGGGUUGAGGAUAGAUAACAGCUGCUGAAUUUUUUUUUUUCACUAGUUUCUUUUGCUUUCCUCUUUUCAAUAAAUCCGGAGUCUGAGAUCAUGUAGAUUAAUUGUCAUUUUAUAUUUGAACAUGAAAAUGAGUUCCAAUGGUUGUUGUUCAACCAUGGAAAAAGGAAAAUACUUCGGGAUUUAAAUUGAGAAAGGAGAAUAUAAAUGCAUAUUUCUCUCA